ACGACAAACCGAGAUUUAAAAAACGCCCACAUUUUCACUUUCAACUCUUUUAUUACAUUGCAUAAAUUUCAACACUCUUCUCAGAUUGCCCACCGAAAAAGCCUUUCACCAUGGUUUCUAGCCGUUUCGUGUCGCUCUUUCUCUGUUUCCUCUGUUUUGAGAUCUCUGUUUCCUCCAUUCGGUUGCCUGGUGUGGACCAAGAAGCCAAGGCCACCCAUGGAUCGGGGCUUGGGUUGAACAAAGGAGUCUGUUCAGUGAAAUUUGAUCCCACACGGGUCACUCAGCUCUCAUGGAAUCCCAGGGCUUUUCUGUACAAGGGAUUCUUGAAGGAGGAAGAAUGCGACCAUGUGAUAGCUCUGGCCAAGGACAAGCUGGAGAAGUCUAUGGUGGCAGAUAAUGAGUCUGGUAAAAGUAUAAUGAGUGAAGUCAGAACGAGUUCUGGAAUGUUUCUGAACAAGGCACAGGAUGAAACAGUUGCUGAUAUUGAAUGCCGAGUUUCUGCAUGGACAUUCCUUCCUGUAGAGAAUGGUGAGUCAAUGCAAGUAUUGCACUAUGAGAAUGGUGAGAAGUAUGAACCACACUUUGAUUACUUCCAUGACAAAGCUAAUCAAAUUAUGGGUGGCCAUCGGAUUGCUACUGUAUUGAUGUAUCUGUCUAAUGUUGAGAAGGGUGGGGAAACAAUUUUUCCCAAUUCUGAGGGAAAGUUGUUUCAGCCAAAAGAUGAUACCUGGUCCGAAUGUGCUCACAAAGGAUAUGCAGUAAAACCUCGUAAGGGUGAUGCCUUGUUGUUCUUCAGUCUUAAUCUUGAUGCAACUACUGAUAGCAAUAGCUUGCAUGGAAGCUGUCCAGUCAUUGAGGGUGAAAAGUGGUCUGCAACCAAGUGGAUUCACGUUAGUGACUUUGAAAAACCUGUGAGAUCACUUGAGAGUACUGGAGACUGUGUUGAUGAGAACGAGAAUUGCUAUAGGUGGGCUAAAGUAGGUGAAUGUGAGAAGAAUCCACUUUAUAUGGUUGGAGGUGAAGGAGUCAAAGGAAAGUGCAUGAAGAGUUGCAAUGUCUGCUCUUCUUAAAGAGUCUGUUACCUUUUCUUCUUUGCACUUAAAUGCAUGUAGAAACAUACUACAUUGUGAAAUAUAAUGUAUAUAUAUAUAUAUAACAUUCAUUUUGUUGUGAACUAUAA